CUCUUCGCCCGCCCACGGGCAACCAGACUGCUGCUCUCCGCCUGCUCCCCUGCUCCAAUGUGAAGCCUUCGCCACUCUCUUUGCACCCAACAUGGUCUCUCUUGCCUCGACUAGCCGAUCGCCCGGCAUCGUCUCCCCCAGCACGGGAGGCAGCCUCAAACGCAAACAAGCGGGCCACUCGUCCGACGCGGAGAACACGCCCCCGAGCCAGCUGAAGAAGCGCAGAGUCACCUUCGACCCCGACGUCGACGUCCGCAUACUGAGCGAGCACAAUGAAAAGAGCGCCGAGCUGGUCGGCGAGGAGGUGCGCCGGGCCAUUGAAAAGCACGCGGCGGGCGACAAGGCUGCCUACGACAUGCUCAAGGCUCUCUUCAAGGAAGCGCCCACGUCCACCAACGCGCCCUCGUCGCGACUCCUCCAGAAAUACGUCAUUGCCCUCACCAACCACACGCCCCAGCUCGACCACAACUGCAAAAGCCUGGUGCACGCCGUCAUCGACUGCAGCUGGAUCGCCCGCAAUGAAGACUUCCUGCGCUCCUAUCGCAACUUUCUGCGCUCUCUGCUGUCGGUCCAGUCUGGCUACAUGACGACUGUGCUGCAGAUGCUCGUCGACAUGUUCCUGAGCACCCCGUCAGCAAAUGCCAGGCAGCAGGAUGACCCACCCAUACAGCGCGUGCGCGUGCAGGCACGGAUACACGAGACGCUCAUCCUGAUACUCCGAUACAGCCCCAUGGCCAGCUCCUUCCUCGCCCCCAUCAUCUCCAGCACGUUUCCCUUCUCCAACGACAGCGCCAAGACGCACGUCGAGUACAUCCGCAACAUCUUCAAGGUCACCGAGUACGUCCCCGAGAUUCAAGGCCAGAUCCUCGCACUCGUGACAGAAAAGCUGUGCAAGAUUGACGCGCAAAUGCAAAUGGACAUGGACGACAUGGACGACGACCUCGAGGAGCGGCUUGUGGGCGACGCCAUCCACAACGAGGAAGACGAUGACGACAUGAGCGACGAUGGCUCGGUUUCGAGCGAGGAGAGCCUCGACCCCGAAGAGCGGCGGCUCAAGGACAUCAAGGAGACGAUGCUCAAGCUCGACAAUGUCAUGGACGUGCAGUUUGCCUACUACGACGCCAUCUUUGAAAAGGGCGAUCUUGCCGAGAUGGACCGCACCUACCAGUCUCUGAUUGCGCAGUUCCAGUCCAUCAUCAUACCCACAUACCGCUCGCGGCACACACAAUUCGUCCUCUUCCACUUUAGCCAGCUGUCGACCGACUUUGUCGAGCGCUUCGUCGAUAGCUGCUCGCAUCUUGCCAUUGACUCGAACCGACCUCCGCUACUCCGCGCAUCAGCAUGCGCCUAUCUGGCCUCGUACAUUGCACGCGGUGCACACGUGCCUGGAUUUGUCGUUCGCAACGUCUUUGACCUGCUGUGCUCGCAGCUCGAGCGUCUACGCAUGCUGCACGAACCCAAGUGCACAGGGCCUGAUUUGCGUCGCUAUGGCACCUACUACGCCAUCUCACAAGCACUGCUCUAUGCCUUUUGCUUCCGAUGGCGCGACCUCAUUGUCACACCCGACGGCACAUUACCUACUGACGCCGACACUAUGUAUCACGAGGGCGACUUCCAGUGGCACCGGUCGACGCUUGAAGUGGUCCGCCGCAACAUCUUCUGCAAGCUCAAUCCGCUCAGGAUAUGCGCGCCAGAUAUCGUCAAGCAAUUUGGCCGCAUUGCCAAGCAUCUACGCUUCACCUAUGUCGAUACACUUGUCGAGACGAACAAGCGUGUGCGGCUUUCCCGCAGUCUUGCCAGUGGCUAUCUCAAUGGCAUAGGCGGGCGAGAGACUGCUCUGACGGGGAAAAAGGGCGAAGAGGCAUUUUUGAUGGAUGCAUACUUUCCAUUUGACCCCUACGUGCUGCCGCGGAGUAAACGAUGGGUUGAGCACGACUACGUGCAAUGGAGACCUGUUCCCGGCAUGCCUGUUGAAAAGGACGAUGAUGACGAAGACGAGGAUGAGGAUGAAGAGGAUGAAGACGACGAUGAGGAUGAAGAGGAUGAAGACGACGAUGAAGAGGACGAUGCUGACGACGACAACAAUGACAGUACGUCUGACCAGGAAGAAGAAGAAGAAGAAGAAGAAGAAGACGAGGACGAGGGAGAAGAUGAAGAGGACGAGGAUGGCAGUACAGAGGCAAGUGUUUGAUUUUUGAAUUUAUUCCUGGCGUUUAUGAGCGGAUGA